AUGGCGGCCGAAGCAGGGGACACAAGCUAUUCCGAGUUGCAAAAGUUCAAGAAGUCCAGUGAGCCGGGCUCUGUUCUGGAGUGUUGGAAGGGAUUGGCUGCAGAUCUUGCGCCACGCUUGCAGGAAAUCGCGAGAAGGUUGUGCAUCAUAUGUGUUCGAGCUCAGUUCGUGAUUGCCCCUGAUCUGGCAGCAGUCGAAUCAGCUCAAGCACAGCUACGCAACGAGUUGCUUCAAUCCAAUCGUGACGUGGUUCUGGCGCAGCUUGCUAUGGUUCUAACUAGUUCUGGCCCUUUUCUUGCCCCUGUACAAGGUGUGAUGAGAAGUAAGUUUAGCCGAACAUGUGCUGAGGACAUUGACUGCGUUUACACAACUGAACAAAGUCUUAACGGUUGA